AUGGUAACCAAUACCCGAACGACCUGCUUCGACGCUCGAUUGCUCCGCGGCCUUGUAGGCACUACGGUCACCACAUAUGACCUUGUCUCGGAUGGUGCGUCCCCAGAAUAUACCUCCCUUACCCCUUCCACAGAGGCCUCUCGCGCUAUGACCUCCCCCGACACACACUCUGCUCUGACGGCUUCUCCACUGACAGUCGUAUCUGCCUCGUCAGGGAUCUCCCGAACGUGGGUCAUCAUGGAGAAACUCUCGGAGAGGUCAGCUCCUAUGACAGCUCAUGAUAUCAAGAUGUGCCGCGGGUCAGCUAAGACUGUUGGCAAGGGUUUGUGCCACCUUGCAGAGGACCGAAAUCAAAUAGCGUUCAUGCGUAUCUACCAACAGAUUCCUAUCUCAGGAACGGAGGAUGCUGAUCCCGACACAUUGGCUAGACAGGCCGUUCCUCCUGGAGUGUGUGGCGAACUAGAGUCCUUCAAAAUGUUGCAGAGUGGACGCUGUAGCGCUGUUCCUCGCUUUCUUGGCCAUGCAGAAAGUACACAAGGAGACGACGGCCUCGUUCCUGGCGGCUACAUUAGAUACCUUGUGUGGGAAAAGGUCCCUGGGGGGCAAGGGGAGAGAGGAGUUCUUCUGGGGCUUGGAUGA